GCCUUUUGUUCGAAUCAUUUGAAGUUGAUUUUAUUAAUCCAUCAGAAAAACAUGGCUCUAACUGGUAAAUUGGAGAUUGAAACAGAGAUCAAAGCACCUGCUGAUAAGUUCUUUAAAAUCUUCAGGAGCCAAGCACACCACCUUCCUAAUAUCUGCUCCGAUAAAAUACACAAAAUCGAGGUACAUGAAGGUGACUGGGAGACUCAGGGCUCUGUCAAGCAUUGGAGUUACACCAUUGGAGGGAAUUCUAAGAGCAUUAAGGAGAGUGUGGAAUCAAUAGAUGAAGAGAACAGGUCCAUUACGUUCAAGGUUUCGGAUGGAGAGGUGCUGAACGACUACAAGAGCUACAAGUUCACCACACAAGCAAUACCAAAGGGAGAGGGCUGCUUGGUGAAAUGGACCAUUGAAUAUGAGAAGGCAAGUGAGGAUGGGCCAGAUCCCCAUGACUACCUGGAGUUUGCAGUUACUGUCACCAAAGAUAUCGAAAGUCACCUUCUCAAUGCAUAACACCAAGUCCAUACAUACCGUCUGCUAGUAUCUCUAUUAAAUAAAGUUUGGAACUUGGAAGGGCAUCUACGAUCUCUAUCCUUCAAUAUAUGCGAAGGCUUAGGGGAACUUUUAGCAGCUGUGGCUUGGUGAUUAAUGCUGAGAAGAUAAACUAGGUUUCCCUUAAUUAUUUGUGUAAUAAUGUUAGUGCAUGCGUGUAAUCGGUUGUAUGCUUGUCUGGACUCUAGGGGUUGCUUUGUGAUUGUUAAUUGGUGUCUUUUGUAAUGGGAUUACUACAUGUUAUGUGAAGACUAUAUGAUGUAUAAGGAAAUAAAGUGAAAAUUACCAGGGGCUAACUCCAUCAUGAGGAGCCUCUGAGUAUGUCCACAA